AUGCUUCGGCCGGCCACCCCCCUAUCGAUUCUAUUCUUCAUCGCCUUCUGCUUGCUGCUGCUGUCGACGCUGUCGACGCCCGUCAUCCCGGCCAUUCCAAUCGCUACCUACCGCGGCAUCAACUUCGGCGUGCUCGGCUACUGCGUCGAUGGCAAGUGCGACGGGCCCAUGAUCGGGUACGACACUGAGCAGCUAUUCCGCAACCAACCCACGCCCGACUUCUCGCUCCCCGCCGCUUCGCGCCAUGCCCUGUCGUCCAUUCUCAUCGUGCAUCCAGUGGCUGCCUUCAUGACGCUGAUAUGCUUCGCGCUAGCCGUCGCCGCCCACUUUCACUCGCCCGCCCAUUCGCCGCGCUACCUUCUUGCGCUGCUGAUAUUCACGUUCCCUACGCUUCUCGUUUCACUGCUCGCUUUCCUCGUCGACAUCCUGCUGUUCGUGCCCCACGUGGCUUGGGGAGGAUGGAUCGUGCUGGCUGCCACCAUUAUCAUUGUCGCGAGCGGCAUCGUGACGUGCGCUAUGAGGCGCACGCUGGUCAGUCGCAAGGCCAGGAAGAAGCGCAUUGCAGAGAACGAAGAUAUGAACGGCCAGACCUACUACGCCAACCGCGCCACUGCCGCAACCACCCAGUCCGAGUUUCCCAAGGCGGAAUCGCCGCCUCCAUUCUCCGGCGACGUCAUGUCUGGACAGCAGGGCAACGACUUUGCAUCUUUCGAUAUGCGCAAACAAAACUCCCCCGAGGACAUGACCCCGCUGAACCAACGCAACCCUUCGCUCAAGACCGUCAGCAGUGGUGGCAAUGGCUCAGACGGCCUGUCCCCACCACAACGCGGUCCUUCAGAUCGCCGACACCCAAUCGACCAGUAUGGCAACCCGGUGCCUCCCAUGCCCAAUGACGCCAUGAUGAUGAUGAAUGAGGGAGAGGAGGGCCACGAGGAGGGCCUUAUGGAGGUGGAGGCCGAGGCGGCUAUGGACCACCCCGAGGUGGCAUGCGAGGCCCACCACCCCCCGGGAUGGAAUGGUGGGGGACGAGGCAUGCGUCCUCCCCAGGGUGUUCCCAUGAACGGACCAGGUCCUGGGCGAGGAGGACCUCCACCUGGCUACAAUAACAACAACUAUGGACCUGGACCAGGCGGACCACCGCGAGAGGUAUCGCCAUACGGCAACAGAGGACCUCCUCCAACUGGCCCUCUACCAAUACCCAUUGGACAAGCUAUCGAGAUGGACAACCGUACUGGCACACCCCCCGUGAACAAUAAUAACAACCAAAACUAUGGUCUCAGAGAGAGUGAUGGCGAUGUCCAGGGAAUGUUGGCGCUUCAGCAGGGAGGAUUCCCGUCAGGUGCACCACAACGGCGACCUUCUAAUGGCACUGGGUUGACGAGCCCGACUAGCGAAUACUCCACCGAUGGCGCACAACAAUAUCCACCUCUGCAGUCCGGCUGGAAUGGCCAGAAGCCAGCUUCAGAUCAGACACUUCAAACACUGAACAACAGCAAUAGCAGCCGUGGUCUCUCCCCGAUACAAGACUCCCCAGUUGAGCUUCCUACUCAAUUAUCACAUGUCGGACAACUACCACCAGUGGCUGCCCACAACCAGGGGCCGAGCUCAGACUACUAUGAAGAUGUAGAUCCCAAAUUUGCGGAGCCCGCCCGAUCAAACCCACCUCCAAUGCCCUCAUCACUCAUGCCAGGCGGAUACGCGCAGCAAAAUAUCUCGAACCCCAGCUUUCUCGCCGCGCCACCACCGCUGAACUCGAGCGAUCCAAACCUUCCUCGUACAUCUUCGUACGACGACCUACCAGAUGGUUCACGCUCACCAGCCGCAUCAGAAGCAUCACACUUCACUUCUGUCUCACAACGUCCCGUUAACCCCAACUGGAGACCGGAGAUGGGUGCCCCGGCCGGCCAAUUUGGUCCCUACCCUGGACCUGGCGGCCCAAUGCCUAGACGUCCCAUGAGGCAGGAAGAUGUCAUCCUUGAAGCAAACGCUGCGAACCCCGAUUUCGCGAUACCAGGCGCCAUGCCAGGACGUGGACGGGGUCGCGGGCGAGGAGGACGAGGCGGCGGCAUGGGACCGCCACCACCUUCGAUGCUCGGACCGGGUCUAAGCAACACGUCGAGAUACCCCGGUGCAAACAUGUAG